CGCAUCCUUUCUGGGGUAUUUUCUCACCACACUGACAGUCCUUAAGACAAGUAUGCAGUUAAGCUGCUAAGGGAUGGAAGAAGCCAGUCUGUGCCUUGGAGUGUCCUCGGCGGCGCCGGAAGCUGAGCCCCAUCUGAGCAGCCCCGUCCUCAACGGCCAGUAUGCCAUGAGUCAGAAGUUGCACCAGAUCACCUCCCAGCUCAGCCAUGCUUUCCCCGAGCUGCAUCCGCGGCCCAACCCAGAGGAGAAGACCCCGGUUCCCCUCGACGAGAAGGCCCACGUGCCCAUGAGUGGCCAGCCCAUGGGCAGCCAGAUGGCGCUCCUGGCCAACCAGCUGGGCCGGGACGUGGACACCAGCCUCAACGGGCGGGUGGACCUGCAGCAGUUCCUCAACGGGCAGAACCUGGGCAUCAUGUCCCAGAUGAGCGACAUCGAAGACGACGCCCGCAAAAACCGCAAGUACCCGUGCCCUCUGUGCGGCAAGCGCUUCCGCUUCAACAGCAUCCUCUCCCUGCACAUGCGCACUCACACCGGCGAGAAGCCCUUCAAGUGCCCGUACUGCGACCACCGGGCGGCACAGAAAGGGAACCUCAAGAUUCACCUGCGGACCCACAAGCUGGGCAACCUGGGGAAGGGGCGCGGGCGGGUGCGCGAGGAGAACCGCCUGCUGCACGAGCUGGAGGAGAGGGCCAUCCUGCGGGACAAGCAGAUGAAGAGCAGCCUGCUGCAGCCCCGGCCGGACUUGAAGCCCCUGCCGCACGCCCAGCAGACCCCGCUGGCCGCCUGCAACCUGGCCCUGCCCACCAACCACAGCGUGCCCGACGUGGCCAACCCGGUGCCCUCGCCCAAGCCGGCCAGUGUGCAGGAGGACUCGGCGACCCCCGCUGCUGGCUUCCGCUGCACCUUCUGCAAGGGCAAGUUCAAGAAGAGGGAGGAACUGGACCGCCACAUCCGCAUCCUACACAAGCCCUACAAGUGCACGCUGUGCGACUUCGCCGCCUCGCAAGAGGAGGAGCUCAUCAGCCACGUGGAGAAGGCCCACAUCACGGCUGAGUCGGCCCAGGGCCAGGGCCCCAACGGCGGGGGGGAGCAGUCGGCCAACGAGUUCCGCUGUGAGGUUUGCGGACAGGUGUUCAGCCAGGCGUGGUUCCUGAAGGGCCACAUGCGGAAGCACAAAGACUCCUUCGAGCACUGCUGCCAGAUCUGCGGCCGGCGCUUCAAAGAGCCCUGGUUCCUGAAGAACCACAUGAAGGUCCACCUCAACAAGCUGUCAGUGAAGAACAAGUCCCCUAGCGACGCCGAGGUGCCUGUGCCCAUGGGCGGCAUGUCCCAAGAGGCCCACGCCAACCUGUACUCCAGGUACCUCUCCUGCCUGCAGAGCGGCUUCAUGGCCGCCGACAAAGCCAGCCUGAGCGAGCCCAGCCAGCUCUACGGCAAAGGCGAGAUGCCCGUGAAGGAGAAGGAGGUUGUGGGCAAGCUGCUGACCCCCAUCUCCAGCAUGGCCCACGGCGUCCCCGAGGGCGACAAGCACUCCCUCCUGGGAUGCCUCAACCUUGUGCCACCGUUGAAAUCCAGCUGCAUCGAGCGGUUGCAGGCAGCUGCGAAAGCUGCCGAGAUGGACCCCGUGAACAGCUACCAGGCUUGGCAGCUCAUGGCCAGGGGCAUGGCCAUGGAGCAUGGCUUCCUGUCUAAAGAGCACCAGCUACAGCGCAACCACGAAGACACUUUGGCAAACGCCGGAGUUCUGUUUGAUAAGGAGAAGCGGGAGUACGUGUUAGUGGGAGCGGAUGGCUCCAAGCAGAAAAUGCCUGCUGACUUGGUUCACAGCGUUAAAGCGGGCAAUCCGAGAGACCUGCCAAAUGCGCUCGACCCUUUGGAAGGCAGUCGGGAUUUUUUGUCACAUGGGCUGCACCAGGCUCUCGAGUACAACCUGCAGGGUCCCGGGAGUCUGAAGGAGAAGCCCACCGAGUGCCCGGACUGCGGCCGAGUGUUCCGCACCUACCACCAGGUGGUCGUGCACUCCCGCGUCCACAAGCGGGACCGCAAGGGCGACGAGGACGGGCUGCACGGGGGCCCCGAGGAGCGGCGCGGCUCGGGCAGUGACCAGGAGUCCCAGUCGGUGAGCCGCUCCACCACGCCCGGCUCCUCCAACGUCACCGAGGAGAGCGGGGUCGGAGGCGGGCUCUCGCAGACCGGGAGCGCCCAGGAGGACAGCCCACACCCCUCCUCGCCGUCCUCCUCAGACAUUGGCGAGGAAGCUGGGAGAUCUGCCGGCGUCCAGCAGCCCACACUGCUUCGCGACAGGAGCCUGGGCUCGGCCAUGAAGGACUGCCCGUACUGUGGGAAAACCUUCCGGACAUCCCAUCACCUAAAGGUCCACCUGAGGAUACACACAGGUGAGAAACCCUACAAAUGUCCCCACUGUGAUUAUGCCGGCACCCAAUCAGCCUCCUUAAAAUACCACCUAGAGCGGCACCACCGGGAGCGGCAGAACGGAGCCGGGCCACUGUCUGGGCAGCCCCUGAACCAAGACCACAGGGACGAGCUGUCCAACAAAGCUGCUUUGUUUAUCAGGCCAGACAUCCUGAGGGGCGCCUUUAAGGGUCUCCCCGGAAUCGACUUCAGAGGUGGCCCUGCGUCUCAGCAGUGGACAUCAGGGGUGUUCUCAUCUGGAGAUCACUCAGGGCAGGCCACUGGCUUGUCUUCUGAGGCUCCUUCAGACACUCUGAAAGGUACCGACCUUCCUUCCAAAAGCACCCACUUCUCCGAAAUCGGGAGAGCUUAUCAAAGUAUCGUGAACAACGGUGUGAAUUUCCAAGGGUCCUUGCAAGCGUUCAUGGACAGCUUUGUCCUAAGCUCCUUGAAGAAGGAGAAGGACAUGAAGGACAAAGCCCUCUCUGACCCUCCUUCCAUGAAGGUCCACGGGGCAGACGGCAGCGAGGAGAAGGUGGGCGGCAAGGCGGCCCCCAGGAAGUCUGAGAAGUCUCAGUACGAGCCCCUGGACUUGUCCGUGCGGCCGGACGCCGCCUCCCUCCCAGGCUCCUCGGUGACUGUACAAGACAGCAUCGCAUGGCAUGGCUGCUUGUUUUGUGCUUUCACGACGUCCUCUAUGGAGCUGAUGGCCCUUCAUCUCCAGGCCAACCACCUGGGCAAAUCAAAACGCAAAGAUAGCACCGUUGGCGUGACGGUCAAUUGCAAAGACCAAGCCCGGGAGGCCAGUAAAGUGGCCUUGUUGCCCUCGGUACAAUCAAGCAAAGAGAUGGCGCUUUCCAACAUGAUGGGGCCUCUAGACUCGGCUUCUGAAAAGAUGGCCCAAGGACAGGUCAAAGAGACUCUGGGGGAGCAGAAGGGUGGCCCGUGGCCCGGCCACGUGGACCCCACUUUCUGUAACUUCCCGUCAGACUUCUACAAGCAGUUCGGUGUUUACCCAGGUCUGCUGGGCUCGGGGGCCUCCAGUUCCUGCCCCAACAGGGAGCCCGACGGGAAGGCCCACUUGGAAGAUGAUGCCCCGAUCCUGAUCCCUGAAACCACAAAUAAGAGCACUACUGACGACCUCUCGGACAUCGCCUCCUCAGAGGACAUGGACUCCUCCAAAGGAGAAAACAACGAGGAAGAGGAUAUCGACACGGAGCCGGAGGUGAUGAGCAAGCUGCCUGCCCUGAGCAAGGACGGGGGCAGCGACGGUGGGGAUGGCCUGCUGCCCGCAGGCGCCCCACAGCCCAUCCAGGGACUGGUCUCCCCUCUACCCCAGGCAUCGGAGAAGCAGUGGCACAGCCCGGGCCUUCUUCCAGCCCAGGACCCCGUGGCAAGCCUGCCCAAGCCAGAGCGGGGGCCCCAGGGCCUGGAGAAGCCGAUGAACGUGCUGUCGGUCCUCAGGGCCUACAGCGCCGAUGGCUUAGCAGCCUUUAACGGACUUGCAAGUAGCACAGCAAAUUCUGGAUGUAUCAAGAGGCCAGACUUGUGUGGUCACAGGCCUUUCCAAUGCCGCUACUGUCCCUACAGUGCCUCUCAGAAGGGAAAUCUGAAGACCCACGUCCUCUGCGUCCAUCGCAUGCCUUUUGACAACAGCCAGUAUCCCGACCGCAGGUUCAAGCGCUCCAGAGUCGACUCGGAGGCUUCUGGGAAUUUCGAAGACCCCACAGCUGUCAAGGCGGGGAGCUCAGCGGAGCUAACGGAGGAGGGCAGCAAGGCCCAGGAGGAGCGCAACUGA